AUGAAGUCCAUAUUAAUAUUUCUUUGUGUAAUUGCUACCGUAGUGAAUUUUAUAAACGCUGAUGUUUACCUACAUUCGCCAAGAGGUUCGAACAAUCGACUGAAUGAGAAGUCAGCGAAUCGCAAAAACGCAAAUCGUGUCUUUGAUUCGCAGGUUUGUAAUACAAAAUGCGCCUAUUUUGGUACAUUUUAAGGUAUAUAUUUUGUGUGUAGAUUUAGAGACGGUUUUAUUUAGAAGCAUACUUUUGUAUGCCAAAUUAGUAAAUCGUAUAUUAUCAGUUUGACACUUGACAAUGACAAUAAACAAAUUUGCUAAAUGAAACCUCGAUAUUCAAGUAUUUUUUCUGUAAAAAGGAAGUGUUUCAUUUUGGUAGAAAAUAUUAUAAAAUACAAUUUGGGCACACUUGAUUUAAUCCAAAAACCUAGAUUUCGUAAUGUUUGCUGCAUGACAUGUAUAUUAUGACGACAUAUGAAGAUUAUAAAUAUUUUACCAUGGCGUUAAAAAAUAAUUAUGGUCACCUGCUGUCUGAUAUCAAUUUGCUAAAGAACUCCUUCCACUUUGUUAAAGAACUCUUUGAAGUUAAUAAGCAAAAGUGGUUUGGUGGUUGGCCAAAUAUGUUUUAACUUUUAUGAAGUAUUCAGCUCAAUAAAUGAGAAUAUUUUUUGGUUCUUUUGUCCACAUUUGCAACAACAAGCUUUUAUUUAUAUAGAGAGUAAAAACAUCUUGACAUUGUGUUUACAUACGUGAUUGUAUUUGGUUUGGUAAAACCUUGGAUAAUUCUUUUAUAAUGCACCUAUCAAUGUUAACCCCAGGGGGGGGGGGGUUGGGCAUAUGUGGGGUAUUUGAUCAUCAAUUGCAUCCCCACCCUGGGGAUUUUGAUUAGCAUUUGGCCCUGAGUUGGGGCAAUUUGAACCGAAUGACUUUUAUUAAUAUAAUAUUUAUUGCAAAAUGGUGGGGCAUUUGACCAAUAUUUAUUGCCCGACGGUGGGGCAUUUGAUUGAAAAUUCGCUCAAAAAAUCAAAUGCCCCACCUAUGCCCCCCCCCUCUGGGGCUUAACAUUGAUAGGUGCAUAAUACCACAGCAUAUUCAUACCACCCAUGGACAAAUAUACUAUACAAAUAUAUGACUCGGAGGGGGGGGGGGAUUAAAUUUCUAUUACCAUUAAUAGAAAUGUAAAAUUGAAUGUAAAAACUGAACUCUUACCAUUAUUGGUUAUUAUAGUAUGGUAAAUUAGUUGAAACCAUUAUGUUAUUAUUUACUAGGAAAAUACCAUUAAUGGUAAAUAUUACAGAUUUAUAUUAAAACAUCAUGGUUUUUACCAUAUUGGAAUAUCUAUAAUAUUCAGGGCUCGAAGUAGAGAAAAAAUAUGGCCUGCCAGUCUAAAAUUUUUUGGCAGGUAAAAUAAAUUUUAGCCUGCCAUUUUUAUUCAUUGAACUUCCAAAAUGGCGAUGUCUCAUAUGAGUCGUAUUGUAAAAAUCAAUGUUUUCAUGAUAUGCAUUUUUAUUGUUUUUAAACUUGUCUAUUUUUAUACUACAGUAAACUUCGUUUACAUUUCAAAUAUAAACGUAUUUAGUCAACUAAAUGAUCUAGUAUAUAUGAGUUGUGGUAAACAAAUGAAAUGAAAUAUAUCUAUAGAAUUUCACCUGCUAUUUUUUUUACUUUGGCAGUUCAAAUUUGUUUUGCCUGCCAUUUCUAAAAUAUGGCCUGCUUUUGGCCAUUGGCAGCCCGCUAUUUCGAGCCCUGAUAAUAUUAAACCAAUAAUGGUACCAUUUUUACAUUGAUAGUAUACAUGGUAAGUCUAAACACCAUUUGAAACCCAUCGAUGGAAAUUUACAUUUUCUCCCUGUAUAACCACCAACACCACAGAGCUUGAACAGGGGGGGACUUGUAGACAGAGAAUGAGUAAUUUAACUUAAUUAGCACUUUAAUAGAUUUGUCCAUCCUGCCCUAAAUUAUUCAAUAUCACUGUGCAUUUUUACAAAAUAUAGUGACAGUUCAAGUGUGUUCAAGCAUUCAGGGGUCUGAUAUAUGAGUGCAAAAUUGUCUCCCAUAAUAACAAGUAUGCAGAUUUUAGGCUAACUGUAAUAAUUUUUCCUAGAAUAACAAUCGAGGUGGUUACAAUGUUGGUGACAGAACAGAUCAAGCAGCAAAUAAGGAAUCAGAACAGUAUAAUAUGGUGAGAGAACAUUUAUGGCAUUAGGGUGAUUUGUACUUUUCAUUUUAUUCAUGUAUUAGUCACAUAUGAUUUCAAUAUCAUAAUAUUAUAAUAUAGAAUUAGAACAUAAGAUUAGAACAUUUAGGCACAUAUCAGUUUGUAUACACUUAACAAUUAUAUCUUCAUAAUUAGUGGGCAGGGGGAGGUGGGUGAUUGCCCCCUGCUCUCUCCCUCCAUCAAUAUUCUAUACUAUGUUGAAAUAACAUUUAGCUUUAGAAAAAAAGCCCAAACACUCAAAGUAUUAAAAAAGUUGUUUUUAUCAAUAUUGUGUCAAUUUUGCUGGAACUACUGGCACAGUUUUACCAUGCUGGCAAGCUUGACCCCUACUUUUACUGAUCAAAACAACUUACUAAAGUAUAUUAUACAAAAAUUAUAUCAGAAAACACAGCAAAUUUGAUCUUUGUUAAGUUUGUAUUGUUAAGUUCGUACCUGAUGACUACUAUGCUGUAUUUAAAAUGUAAGAACCUCCUUAUAGCUAACCCCCCCUUCCCCCAACUUUACUGACCAUGUUUUGGCCACCCAGACCUCCUAUGCCUUUACCUUUUUACUUUUUUUUGUGAAUGAGAGUGUUAACUCCAUGUCUGUUGGUAACUAUGUAAGCUACUCUAUUGGAGUGUACGUAUGUGUGUAUAUAAUUUUAUGUUUAUUUUAGGCAGGUAUAAAAGUCGGACCGGAUUGUGGUCCGGGUCGGAUCAGGUCGGAUUAGGUCGGACCAAGUCGGAUUAGGUCGGAUCUUUAGAAAAUUUAGAAAUAUCAGGAUAUUCAGGGAAAUGUUACUUACACAAAUGGAAGUUUGCAUUCUUUCCCGCGUUAUUUACACAGCGUGAAACAGCGUGGCAAAUUUGCAAAAUGGAUGGCGACGAAGGUAAAACAUUUUAUGUUAUUAGAUUUUUAGACCACUUUUUUGAAAAUUAUUGCAUCGAACUGCCUUAUCAAUAUUUUAUUUCCUUUAAUUCCGGACUAGCGAUUCGGUCAUCUAUGGAUCCGGUCCGAUUUUUGUACCUGCAUGAUCCGACCCGGACCACAAUCGGGUCCGAUUUUUAUACCUGCACGAUCCGACCUGAUCCGACGCGGACUGGCGAUCCGAUCCGACGCGGACUGGCGAUCCGGUCCGACUAUUAUACCUGCCUGUUUAUUUUAAAUGUUUUCAGGAAUUUUUCCAAAGUGGACCAAAAGGGGAAGGAAAUGAAGGCAAAUCAUUUCUGACAAUUGAAUGGACAAAUCAACAUGGCUGUGGAGGAAGUGAGGACAAAGAUCCACAUAAACUGAACUGCAAUCUUGUAUUACAGUACAUGUGUGAACCUGAUGUUGCUAAUCCAGGAAAAUUUAACAUACGGAACGGUAAGUUUAUCCUUUUACAUUGAAUUUUUUUCUGCUUUUUCCAAUCUCCACUUGUGUUGAUAUAACUGUAAUCAACAUGGAAAAUGUUUUAUAUUUGUUUUAUAAUAUAGCACAAAGAAAUAUAAAGAAAGAAAUUUUCCGUGUUGACAUUCAGUUAUCCAAUCUUUUCGGUAACCACUGAGUAUUCUAAUAAAAUACAAUACAAUGGAAACUUCGAAGAAAUUUAUACGUACAGUAUCUUUAAUUCAACGUUUCGACUACUGUUGAGUCAUCAUCAGAAAUUAAUUCAUUCCUGAUGAUGACUCAACAGUAGUUGAAACAUUGAAUUAAAAAUAUGAAUUUCUUCGGAGUUUCCAUUGUGUUGUAUUUUCUUAGCCAAUCAGGGUUCAGAAUUUACAAACGCUAUAUUCUAAUGCCCUAUUAUAUACUGUAUUCAAUGCAGUUCAAAAGUUGAUUCAGCUGGAGAUAAACGUCCUUUGAUCAAACGUUGCAUUGCUUUCCUCAUCUCACUGUUCAUUACAGUAUAAAUUACUGGGUUUAAAGAACUGUUAAAAUACUUGAUCCACUGGACUACUAUGGUUACUUCUUGUGGUGGAUUCGUACACUGUAGAUUUUUCCAUUCCAGACAUAUGGUAGUGCGCAAGAAAAACACGAAAUAGCCGAUAAAACACAACACGAACGCACUAACAACAACUGCUAGAGUCCGUGUUGCUUUGAGUUCUGCUAAGAGUGAAAGUGUGCGUUUGUUUCUUUGAUUUUGGCCGCUGUUAUCACUGUUUUGCUGUUGCUGUUGCUCGUCAAUGGCAAUGAUACGCAUUCUGUGUUUAAAUGCGAUCUUGCCAAUCUUUCCAUACAUGACAAGGAUGACCAGAAGAGGAAGAAUGAAAGCAAGGAUUGUUAUAACAAGAUUGACAUCAGGACGAGGUUGUUUGUUCUUAUAUGUGAACUGUAUAAGAGAGUAGUUGAGUAGACCAUACAGCCAACUCAGGAUUAUCAUCACAAUAACUUUGGUCUUUGUUAGCAGUGUAUGAUACCUGAAGAAAAUGUUAAAAAAAUCAGUUAAAGAUGUUAUUGGGCGGGUGCACACUUGGGAAUAGGAUUAUAGCAUUACGACUGGUGCAAGGAAGAGUUAAGCCAGACUGCAGAGUUGGUCAAUGCCACCCCAAGAUUUUUAAACAAUUCUCUUUAACCCGCCUUACAGUUAGAUCUGGUUGACCACAUUUGUAUCUUUAACUGCCUCUAGAUGUCGACUCAUUGCUUCGGAAACAAAUUUUUGUGCCACUGACGCGCUAGGUUUUAACCUUUCGUUCCUCAGAGGUCUCGUCGAAGCGUAAAAAUACCGCACUCAGCUUAAUUGUAAAAUGUUGGAAAUUGGUAAUUAGCUCAUUUUCAACUGCAAGUAAGGAUGAUUAGCACUCCUCCUCAACUCAGUAACGCACGCACGCACACACACACACACACACACACAUCUAUACUAAAAGCAGCGCUAACACACACACAAUACCACACACACACACACACACACUAUACUAAAGCAGCGCUAACACACACACACAUUAUACUGCAUGAAGCAGCGCUAAUAUAUAUAUUACUGAAUUGGGUCAAGUUGGUAUAUAAUAUAUACCCAAUAUAUACCCAAUUCAAAAAAGGUUGUCUUUCAAAAAUCUUAAACCUUCAAAUUAAACAUGGAGCGUUGAGCGCUCAAGGUAUAUGGCUUCUGACAAACGAUCAAACUAAAGCAAUACCUGAGAGGGUAUUGUAUGCACACAUAGCGAUCCACACUAAUGUACAUCAAGUUAACAAUACUUGCAAUGGAUGUGAUCAUAUCUAUAGCUGUCCAUAGUUGUUUCACUUCAGGAUUCUGCCAGCGUUGACCUCUAUUGAUAGCAAUUGUAAAUAUCGGCAGUGAUAACCCUCCGACCAUGAUAUCGGCAAAAGCUAGUGAUACCACAAAGUAGUUGGUAGUAGUUCGUAACCGUCUUGUUGUUCCAAACGCCAAAAUCACCAGAACAUUUCCAAUAAUAAUGACAGGAAUGAGCACGCUAAGUAAAACUGUACUGGUGGUAAUAUAAGUUUGACUGUUCCAUAUCAUUUGCGGUAUACUACCAGGGCAACUCUUGUUCAAAAUCACCAUUGUGUUGUUGAUGUUACACUCACUAACGUUCUGCAUUGUUGUCAUAACACUCUGGUUCCGCCUCAGGUUUUACAAAAGGUCUUCGCCAGUGUCAAUACACGCCAAGGUGUUCUUCGUAUUUCACUGUCGGGUGGGCUGUGAUAACUGAAUAUUAGUGUCUUUUCUCUUUCAACGUUCCUUCUAUUUUUCGUCUACUUAAAAGAUAUUUUUGUGAUGUAAUAGGAUUGAUACGUUCCAAAGAUUUUCGAGUUUGGUUAUUUCAAUCACGCAGCGUUGCGCGUCUGUCGUGUUUCUGUUCUUUUUAUUCAACACUGCUAAUCUUCUGUUUUGAUUUAUAAUAUUUACAAUAUUGGCUGUACUUUUUUGCAAUCCUCUUAACGUACUGAGUCAACUGACUACUGUAAUUUGUCCGUUUGUUUCAGUAUUUCAGCUAUUUCUGGUUUAUUGCUUGUUUGCGCGGCAUAGAGUCCCAAGUUCUUCAGUGCCUUUGCCCAACGUCCGUGAGUUUAAACACCUUCAGUGAUUUCAGUAAAAGCUUAUAAUGCUUCUUUGAAGUUUCUAUGCUUAUAGUUUCUUUUACCUUCCUAAAUGAAAAUAAAAUAUUUGUCAUGUUGUCAAAUAAUUUAGCACACUAUAAAUCUGAAAUAAUUGCAUAUUUUUGUUAUAAAAUUAACUUAAUUAAACCUAUAGUUAACGCGUUUCGCUUUCUCCUGAGUCCUGAGAUUUAUUAAGACCACAUGCGUCUUCUUAUAAUCUACAUAUUAAAUACUGCAUGUAUCCUUUACAGAUAUAUAGCCUGAACAGCUGAACUACCAAUAACAUGUAACUGCAUGUAAUCUGUUGUACAAAUCUCGAAAAGACCGGUACAAUACAAGAAAUCUUGAACUCCUGCUGUUGUAAGAAACUCUUGUGCCUACGGCUUGUUCUAUAUUCGUAAUACCACAACGAUUCUGUGUUCGCCAACUAUUCUCGCGCUCAAGCAUUGGCUGUGAGGCUAACAAAAGAUGCGCAAUUUAUACAAUAGUCAUCAGUAACUCGUGCGAGACAAUAUAGUCAUACCUCGCUACCUUUUGACUAGAUGUUGCAGCCUUGAGAAUUCCCAGUAAAGUUCAAUUAUGUUGGGCUCCGCUGAUAUUUAACCACUAAAACCACUCAUCCCUGUCCUUAUCAGCUUGAUAAUAAUAUACUGUGUACUUUUUACCUCCAGCUGAAAACACAAGUCGAAUGUCAGAUUGCUAUCUUGACGACAAGAAUGUUGGAAAAUUACCCAAUCGUUGAUUUUAUGCUUUGAAAUAUAAACACGCACACACGCGACGGUCAGAAUGAAGUAUUGAAAUACACUUAGACAUCUUUUCGACCAAAUAAGUAUCGCAUGCAGUUUGUGAUUUAAGACUAUAUUUGAACCUCGUUGAUCGAGAGGAAUGAAAUGUUAACGUUGCCCAAGCCGUGUGCUUUAAAUCUGUCAGUAUCGUCAAGAUAUAAUAUUUGGUGAUAACACGAGUCACAUCGGUUACAAAACUGUUUACCUUCCGAUGGAUUUAUAUCUUGAAAAAGCAACUUGCCAUGGUUUAUUUACUGACUAAAGAACAAAAUAACACACUUUAUCGCGAAAAAUAUCGUAUUCUUUGACCAAGUAACAAACUUUUAAUUCGUAGGCGGAGUGAAAUUGGAUUCUGGUUUCCAAAUUCAAUUUGAUUAUAAAACCCUAUGCAUACUCCACUACUCCAGAGCAGCGACGAUUUUAUCUGCGUUCACAGGCGGCUUUCUAUUAUAUCAGAUCUCUGCGCUUUUAUUGCAGUUCGCAUGUCAUUAUCGUAUCACUUUAAUUUAGAUUAAUAGAGUGUGAAGCUGUGGUUGUUUGCUUCACGAGUUUACAGAUUAUAUUCUGCGUUCGAACACAAACCCUAAUUAGAACGUAUUUUUUAAAAUUUAAGUGCCAUUCAUUGUUCGAUAGCAUAUUAGUUGUGUCUUGAUAGAUGUUUUAAUAAGCUUCGUUGGUGUGAAAAACGGCUGUCUCCCCGCAAAAACAUACUACAUUCAUUGUGAAUUAUUAGCCAUGCGGUGAUGAAAUUAUCGAACUGCACUAUUUUCAACUUGUGCAGUUAGCAGUUCAAUAAACCACCUAAUCAUAUGCAACACGUCUACAUGCAGAAACAAUUUAAUUGCUGUCUUCCAAAGAACCAAUAAUCAAGAUAAUCAAGAUGUCAUUUGCAAUUCAAUUCAAUCCUUUAAUUUUGACCAUCUGGUUUGCGUUUCAGGCUGUUAGAGUUGGCCGGCCAAGAGGAGAGGAGGGGUAAGGGGGGGGGGGGACUUUGAUACAACAUUGCUUAACCUGAGAAGAUGAAUGCCAUGAAUCAUAGCUGCGUUAGUGCCGGAUAAUAUGCAAGUGUAAUAUAUUGUAAAACACUGCUUAUCCCGUUUUACAAUGAUGACGUCAUAGGGGCCAUCUGAGCACGUUUUGCCCCAGGCCCCGCGCAACCUCUCGAAACCUAACAGUUUAUACGUAUUUUUAAAUAGACACCUUUAUUUAUUCCUUAUUCAGAGUAGUGCUAUCAGCGACAAAAACAUGUCAUUGUUAUCAACAGGAGCUCUGAUAUUAAGAUUUACAAGAUUACUACAUUAGAUUACAUUACAAGUCGUUUUAUUUGCGUCAAAAAUUGCAAAAAGCUGUCAAUGCUGCAUACACAUGACAAUCAUUGAAAGUGGAAAAGCAUACUUAUUUAGGAUAUGAAUAUUUUAUAAAAAGACGAAAAUACACAGGAUUUAAAGGAUGUUAAGCGUUUUAAUAGAGCUUUUCAAAUACAUACGAUGACGUGACAGCAUUUGUGUGUUUCAUUAGCGAUAGCAUUAUUCUAAUUAAUGUUCUAAUUUUAUCUUUUAACGAACUUCGACAUUCGGAAAUUAUUUCAAUGGCAUAGUACAAAACAUGGACUGGACCCAUGGACUGGACCCAAAAUUGGACUCAAAAUUGGACCCAAAAUUGGAUUCAAAAUUUUAGCCAAAAUUUUGUCCCAAAAUCCAUUAUUUUAUCGGAGAGAAACAACCCUCAGAAUAUCGUGCUAUGAUUUAAUUUGUAUAGGCAAAAAACUUCACGUUCCAUCACUUUUCCUUGACCUAUCUAAUAUCUAGCUAUUUGUCUCCCAAAAUUCUAUAUUCUAUUUUCUAAACGUUAUCUAGGGUAUCUCGUAAAUAAUAAACCUUUGUGAAAUAUCUUUGCGCAAUGGUCACAAAUACAUCACAUCGAUAUAAAUCAUUCCAUCAAUAUACACAUCAAUAUAUAGUUAUCAGUUUUAAUUAUAUACAUUUUGUGUCUGUACAAUACGCCCUCUAUAUAUUCCGGCAUAUAUAUCCUCUAACGAGUAACGAAUUCGCAAAGUUUGUUUUGUCCAUAUAUUCUAAUAUUUAUUGCAACUAGCUAUAUAGUGUAUCCUAUCUAUAUAGUGUAGCUAUAUAGUGUAUCCUAUCUCUGAGGAUGGUUCUGAAAUAGAAUUGAAACACUGCGCGUCCUCUAAGACAAGCGUUAAGUCGUCACGAAAAUAUUUCGUGCACUUGGAUAAGACUCGCUACCAUUACCGAUCCCUGUUGACUCGAUAGCUCAAUAGGUAGAGCGGCGGUCUAGAUACUCGAAGAUGCGAGUUCAAAUCCCGCUCGAGCCAACGAAUUUUUCGUUGGUCGAUUGCAGUGCCAGAUUAAAUAUGAAACUAGUUUUUCGUAUCUCUGAGGAUGGUUCUGAAAUACACUAUGUGCAUAAUGAUAAGCCCACAUAUAGCUAUAGUUGCGAUAAAUAUUAGAAUAUAUGGACAAAACAAACUUUGCGAACUCGUUACUUGUUAGCUAGGAUAUAGAUGCCGGAAGAUAUAGAGGGCGUAUAACUAUAUAUUGAUAUAUUGAUGGAGUGAUUUAUAUCGAUGUGAUGUAUUUGUGAUCAUUGCGCAAAGAUAUUUCACAAAGGUUUAUUAUUUACGAGAUACCCUAGAUAACGUUUAGAAAAUAGAAUAUAGAAUCUUGGAAGACAAAUAGCUAGAUAGGUCAAGGAAAAGUGAUGGAACGUGAAGAUUUUUGCCUAUACAAAUUAAAUCAAAGCACGAUAUUCUGAGGGUUGUUUCUCUCCGAAAAAAUAAUGGAUUUUGGACCAAAAUUUUGGCUAAAUUUUUUUAGUCCAAUUUUGGGUCCAAUUUUGAGUCCAAAAAUUGAGUCCAAUUUUGAGUCCAAUUUUGGGUCCAAUUUUGGGUCCAGUCCAUGGGUCCAGUCCAUGUUUUGUACUAUGCCUAUUUCAAUCACGUUAGAGAAAUUAUCAGCUGUGUUGUUGACAAUUGCAGGAAACAGUGCAAAUGACUGCUGUCUUUUAGUCUAUACUUUACAAGUUUUUGCAAUUGCUCCCGUUAUAGGUGGAUUAACUAUAUAUGUAUGACAUGCAGUCCAUGUAAACAUGUUGGUAUAUACCUCUAGGUCGUGUGUGACUAUAAAGGCUGGUUCACACUACAGGGUUCAUCCUGUAAGGCCUCCUAUUUUCCAAAAUGGGUAGUUCUAAAACUUAAAAUGGGAAGCUCUAAAAUUGGAUUUUCGAGCUUUAUAUGAAAAUUAAUUGUAAAUUAAACGCCAAUUCAGAUAGUAAGGCAAAAACAAAACCAAAUGCCACUCUGAAAACGCAAGACUAUGGCCAUUCUGGACUUCUAAAAUUCCACAUUUUCUGGGGGGAACAUCAGUGGGAAGCAUGCCCCAGGACGUCCCUAACUAUUCAGAUAUCCCGAAUACACCAUGACCUCGCCUCUCGUUACUGCCAGCCACAGAGUUAGCCUGUGUUCACUACCUCGCAGUCUGUUCUUGUCGAAAUGAGCAGUUCUAAAUUUUUCUUAGGAUGAUCCCUGUUACACUAUCAAAGUUUCUGUGAAUUUUGCAGUAGCAAUUUUGCAUAGGUAAAUUCUAAGUUUUGAAGGAUUUGUAAGAAAUGUUCGAGGGAACUUACUUAAUGAUUAACACUGACUCAGUUCCCUCAAAUAUCUCUUACAAUUGUUGCAAAUCCUUCAAAACUUAGAAUUUACCUAUGCAGAAUUCCUACUGUGAUACUUAAUAUGUGUAAUUGGAAUAUACUACUUUAUAGAUGUAAAUAUGUAAAUAGCUACUUAAUAGAUGUAAUUGGAAUAUUUAGAGCCAUCAUGUUGCAGGAACUGAUAUAUACACAGACAUACAUUUCACUGAAAACUACCUAUAAACUAAUAAUACAUUGUAUUCCAUUCGCAUUUGUAUUCUCGUAAACAAAACAUUAACAUUAACAAGUAAACUCUGUCAGGAUAGUUAGAUCAACAAGCUGUUGUUUUUUUUUUAAUGAAAGCAUCUCAUGAAUUUAAGACCUUCAUCAGUGGUCUUCGUGCAUGUAUUCUCACCAGUCGUUGAUCUCUUUUGCGUUCAGGAAAAUUGACCAACACCCAAGAUUACAACAACCAGAAACACAACACGAAAAGCCAAAAAGACAACAGGAAAAAUGCAAAUGUGAACCAAGAUAGGGCAAUACAGGAACCUUGGGAAUGGUAUGACAAAUGUGACAAGAGACAGAGAAAUAAAGGUACGGAUAGUUCCAGUCUUCAGGAGUUGCCCGGCAUCUUUAUGAGCAGGUUCUGUGGUUGCUUGAUUAUAACCAAAUGAAACACAAUAAAAGUAAAGAAUAGUUUUUCCAAACAACGAGUCGCUUGCUUUUUUGCAAGCAAACCGACCGCUGAUUUCAUGUAAACGAAAAUUCUAGUCUGUGGCGAUGUGCCGCUCUAGGUCACUUAUACUGUAUGAUACAUUUUUGUUAUGAUCUUGUCUUUUUUGGCACGUUUUAAAAAGAAAUGGAGACAUUUUCCUGAUGUCUGGCAAUUUCUUCCCGGUUUCCUUUUUUGCACCAGUAAACAAUUGCUUAGGCUAUCCAGUUAUACAUCAGUGGAUUAACUCACUGAUUUCCUGCGUUCAUAAUUUGUAGAUUCUAUAGUAGGCCUUUUUACAUCAACUCUGCUUUUUUGGUCACUUGGCUUUAGGAUCGAUCAUGCCUUGCUGUUUGUGGGUUAGGGCGACUGGGUGAGGGUUAGGAAAUUGUGAAUAAAAUUGAUUUAUUGUUCUUUCAUAUUUGACGCCAGUCACAACCCUAACCCUGUGCGCGAGGAUCUAACCUGAAUCCACAAUCUCGCUUUAGGUUUGUUCACCGCUGAUCAGAAGCUUCGCGGUGAGUCUAGUAAGAAUACGCGACAGAACCCCGGUGGUACGAGAUAUGGAUACGAAUGCCCGGAAGAAAGAGACUAUUACCCAUACUGGCAUCCUACAGACUGGAAAGAUAUUGCAGUCUUUGUUCAUGAUAAAAAAUUAUGCGACUAUUAUCAGAUGGAGAGUUUCAAUGUGAAACCCAAAGGUAGGAAACAAAUACGUUUCUUGUGUGAAAACUUUAAUAACAGUUUUCCUUUAGCCCCCACCUUAAUAGGGCGCCAACUUGAGAGCAGGAGCCUAAAAUUGAGUGGGUUCUUUAAAUUGGUCGGAGCAUUUUUUCAAAUUGAGGGCCCCUUACAUUAGCUCCACAUGCAGUCUAGCUAAGGUCUAGUUGGGUGACUGACUUGGUCAACUUGGGUCUAGCUUGAAUAAUGAUGUCAUGGGGCCCCCAGAGAAGAUUUGCCCCGCGAAUUCUCUCGGCGGCCCUACCUCCUAAUGGUGCCAUAUUACUCACAGGAGUAAACCAAGGUACCUGCAGGAGAGAACCUGUGGUGUUUGAUAAGGUGGAUUUCCACUUACAGAGAAAUAUUUCGUUUGAUCUCUUUUGAAUUAUGACCAUCCGAAUAAAUCGGUUCUACUUGACCGCUCACAAUUCAAAAGAAAUUAAACGAAAAAUAUUUUUCAUUCCAUAUUUUCUUUCUGUCAUCUAUCUUUCUACGGAGUAUGUAUAGCAUGUCUAGUGAUUAUCUUCUAUCCUUCUGUACUUUGUAUAAAUUAUGGUAUCUGUAAAAAUAAUCUAAUUUUGAAUCAUACAUUAGCCGUAUCUUUUUCUGCCAGUCUUACCGUCUGUCAUCUAUUUAUGUUUACUUUUAAUCCUUUAGCUGCACAUCGUAUUUCCAAUGAAUAAUCCAAUUAUUAAUCGUGUUAUCUGUAGCAGCCUUCCUGUCUGUCAUCCACUAUCAGCGUCGCUCGUCCCUAUCAUAUCUAUGAGCAAGGCUUUAAAUUUACCUUAGGUACACACGCAAAAAUCUUACAUCUCAGUGUAGCAAGUCUGCCAACAAGCCGUCAACAAGUUGUGUUCGCAUUGCUUGUCCCAAGUUGUCAACAGGUUUGGAACAACCUAGUUGAUAUUAUCAAACUUGUUGCAGGGUUGUUCCAACAAGUCCGAUACAAUCAUGAUAUAACAAUAUUGUUACAACCUUGUGUCGUCAACCUUGUAACAUUCUUGUUAUAUCAUGACUGUAUCAGACUUGUUAGAACAACCCUGUAACAAGCGAUAUAGCAAGAAGCUUGUUACAAGUUGUUAACAGCUUGUUCCAAACUUGUUACAACAACUACGAACAAGCAGUGGGUCAACCUUCCAGGUAAGCGUAUUAUAAAUCCCAUUUUCUCUUUCUAAGGGGAAUGUAUGGAAAAGUACAGUGGAGGUGGUUACAAACAUGCCUCUAAGUACAACCGAAAUUCAACAUGUGUGGAAGGUGGAGGAGAAUGGUUUGAGUUCAGUAACUACUUGGAAGAACCGACUGGGCAGUAUAAUAGCAAAAAAGCUUGUGAAGGCGCCAGUACAAAAGAUAUCCCGUUAGUAUGGGGAAUACCUUACAGAACACAGGACUUGGAUACUAAGCCACUCCAGGAGAAGUGUUUGGUAGGUUUGGACAAACCACAGUGUGAACUAGCUCCCUGGUCACGUGAUAAUCACCUUGGCAACGGCCGCGAUGGCGUCCCGCUGAAUUAUACUUGGGUACUACCCCAUUUUCAGAAAGACCAACGUUGUAUUUUUAGAAUAAG